AUGGAAGAACAAUUCUCAAAAGCACUUCCGAAACAAUAUUAUUCAUCAACAACGAGAUUCCCACAAACAUCCUGCCUGAACCCGGUCGCUCAAACAGCAUCCGACUACGGAAAAUGUAGCUCUUUAGUCUCCGAAUUCGCACGCCGCAUCGUGUAUCUGCCGACAGGAAAUGCUGAACGGAAUUUACGAGUACACUCCUCCGAAUCUAGUCUCCAGAAGAGAGAAGAUAUGAGAUUAACAAUUCACAGAUGCGAAAACGAGUCAAAUUUCUGCAACGGCAUGAACAACGGUGACACCUGGAACGAUCUCGCGGAUAGCUGGCACAGCGCGUGUGAUUCACGCAUCACAUUUAGUCCAACAACACCAGCACUGUCGACAUACUCUUCCAUCGAUAUCCUCGCAUGUAGUACAGCCUGGGACGGCUGUAUUAGCCAGUCAGCCGAGGUAGUCAAAUGUCGGACGUUUUCGACGCAGGAAAGCCAAUUGACCUCAUGCAUGUGUCGACCGGCUGUGCUUUCGGCAGCUUUUACUUGCAGCUACUAUGCCAAUGUUUCCUGCCAGCUGGUGCCUGCAACUUUGUCUAAUGUCGCGGGGUACGAAUAUUGUAGCGGGUUUAUGGAUGUAGUCGGUGUAUUAGCGAAUGUAAGCAACACCGACAGCGUCUCAAGCGCCGAUCACGAGCCUGACAACAAGUCUUGUAGUAACGAAGCCUGCGCUGCCGGGGUCAUCGCACUCUGCUCCAGGAAUAGUAGCAACGACGAAGCCUUCAUCGUCGACCAGGUCUGCACCACAAUUUUCACUGCUCGCAGGGUCAAUGUUAUUGUCGUUUCUCCAUAUACUGAUGAAGAGUUUGUUGGUCUACUGAUAUUGUUGGGAUACGCACAAUCUUCUCUCUUUGUGCAAGCUCCUCAUUGUCGACUGGAAUCGCAUUCAAUUGGAUUUCAAGAAUAA